AUGACAAAUUUUACUCAUACUAAUUAUAUCUAUCUCUCUAUCUAUCUAUCUAUCUAUCUAUCUAUCUAUCUAUCUAUUCGAAGCCUUUGUAAUCUAUCUAUCUAUCUAUCUAUCUAUCUAUCUAUCUAUCUAUCUUUCUCAUGUUGUCUACACUUAACUGCUGACGCAAGUUACUUCUCUUCUGCCUUUACUACGCGGCCCAGUACACCUCAGUGUUUCACUACUUUUAAACCUUCAACGCUUCAACGUUUUGGUUGCGUAACCUCUUCCUACAGCGUCGUUUUCUCUCGACAGAGCCCGCAUCGAAAAGCUACUCGCAAUGCAGCCAGCGCUGCUGCAACUUCUAUUCGACGGUCCCAGGAGAACACGGCUGAGAAAACCGCACCUAACGCAGCGAAAGCUGCGGCAACGCCCAUUCGACCCUCCCAGGAAUCCAUGUCUGAGAAAACCGCACGCCAUGCAGCCGACGCCGCUGCAACUUCAUCUGCAAGGGCGUCGGUAUGUUCCACGCAAAAGCGCACAAGGCGGCAACGCGAUGCAAUUCCAACUUCCGCUGCUAGAGCUGUACAAGGACGUACUGAAAGGCUUGAAAGUUGCAGAUUGUUAACCAGCGCCGCCAUGCACAGCGAGGACUCGGUGUUCAACACAACAGACGUGACAUUCUUAUCGAAGGGCGCGGCAGUGGGCUCCGAAGAAUCAGUGAAACGCACCGGUCCUACAAUGCACUGCGAAACCAUUGCAGGGAGCGAUGGUUAUCCACUGUACCAGCGAAAGAGUCCCGCUGAGGAAGGAUUUACAGCCGUGAGGUUACCUCACACCGUUCGUAUCUCUCUCUCUCUCUCUCUCUCUCUCUCUCUCUCUCUCCUCUCUCUCUCUCUCUCUCUCUCUCUCUCUCUCUCUCUUACUGUUUAA